CUCAACUCGUCUAGGCUAACUCUUUGACACACAUUCAAAACCGACUAGCCUAAAUUAGGUUUAUACCAGGGAUACAAAAUGGUUUCAACCAACCAAUUCCAGUCCCGUUAAAUAUGUUUUCAAAGUAUUUCUGUAGCCUAAUAACUGAGAAGCCUACUCUGAAAAACGGACCUUUGUUUAUUUGAACAUCAUGACAUGGGCAUCAUUGAACCAACAGCUGGAGGCAAAUGAUGCAACACACGUUGCUAAGCAACCACCAGUCCGUUCUUCAGAAAGGACGACAUGUUUCACGUGGUUGAGAAACUAGACCCCGGCUUUGAUGCAAACCCUUGCUAACAUUAAUUUGUUCGACUGUAAGGUGUGUAAAUAACACAAAUAUUUUGUUUAACUAAAGGUUUUGGAUAACCAGUCCACCGAGUUUAGCUAGUAAGUUAGCCUAGAUAAGUAGGCUAUAUCCAUAGAUCGCUAUAUCCAGCUAUGCCAGUGUCUGGGUUUGCUGUGGAUGUCGGAGAUGUAUACAGUCCUGGAAGCGAGAGGUCUCAUUCCAACAGGUCUCAAGACUGCGCCAACAAGUUUCAUUCGCUCAUCUUCGGUCCCCGGUUGUUGAAGAGUUUCAAUCAGCCUAAGCACCGGACAGAGAUCAGAGGAAUGACUUACAAUGGCAGAAGCCAAAGGUUUAUCAUCCUGGACUCACGUGGAUGCUCUAGUUGGUCUGUGUCUUGCGGUUGUCCUUCAUUGAAGAGAGAGUUAGCCUUCCCCAAGUACCACUUCAACAUUAUCAUCAAAAUCCUCUACUGUAAGAAAAUGAAUGUCUAUUUUGGACUGGGAAAGGAUUAUUCACUCAGGGUGUACAAUAAGGACUUUAAGGAGACGGAGAGGGCGACCACGGAGAGCCGCAAUCUGGUCACUCACCUGCUCUUCAACCCGGUCAGGAAUGAGCUCAUCACAUGUGGUGACUGUGUCAGGUUUUGGAGUUACCAGCAAAUGGAGACUGAUACUUUCAAUCAACAUGUAUCAAUGGCAAAUUAUGGCCUCGUUCUCAGGCAGGAGUUUCUGUUGGCCCAGGGGCGCUGGUGUACCCGUAUGGACCUGGACGUGGCCCGCCAGCACCUCUACUGCUUCUCAGACUUCAGUCUGCUGUGCUACGACAUGGAGGGCACCCUGGUGUCCCAGCUGAAGAACACCAAGCAGGGCAUGGUGCUGGCCUCCAUCUUCGCCCCUUACUCCAGGAUGCUGCUCACUGCAUCCGUUGACUUUGAGAUCAAAGCGUGGAGUGAGGCGGCCCAUCUCCUCCAUGUGUUCGAGGGCCAUAACCGACCUGUCACCAACCUGGUCCUGCACCCUGACACCCCCUCCAUCUUCAUCUCUGGCUCUCUGGAUGGUACCAUCCGCCUCUGGUGCCUGGACACCCUGACCCAGCUCUGCAGUAUAAUGUGUGUGGAGGGGUUUCUGGGACUGGGGCUGACAGAGGAGGGACUGCUGUAUGCCUGGUCUCUGAGGAACAUGCAGCUCUACCAACUUAACCACUUCCUGGACUUCUGGAGCCACCUGCGUUACCCAGCCCUCUCCUUCACACUGUGCAAGGCCCAGGACAAGACUACACGCCUUCUCACCCUGGGGGAGGGCAACAGCCUCCACAUCUUCUCUUGUACGGAUGGUAAGAAGCUGUGCAUGAUGCCCCCACACACCUUCCUCUCACCGCUGAAAGUCCUGCCAAACUUUGCCUAUGGCCGGGCCAGUGGGGUCAUCGCCCUUCUGCUCAGCUCCUGGGAGAUAUGGGUCUACACAGCCAGGACUGACCCAGUGUGCCUUGUGGCUGUGUUGGACAUCAGGGAGCUGCAGCAGCUCAAUGCUUACAUCAAGCCAAAGGACAGGGCAUGUGUAAAGAGUGGUCAAGGGGUCUGUGCACCUUCAUUAGACGUCUCCUGUAAGAGCCAGAUCUGGGAGUGUAGUAGCCUGGGAUUUCUCAGCUCUCCUGUCUGCUACUGGACUGGCGAGGGACUGGUCUGUGCAGAUGCCACCAACUUCAUACUGUGUGGCAUGAAGGACGGAAGAAUACUAUUCAUGGAUGUCAUCAUUCGAAAUCUGAAAUACUGUGAGAUUAAAGUCCACAAAGAUCCUGUGGUGUGGAUGUCCCAUGAUGUGGACCAUGGCCAGCUGCUCAACAUGUGUGUCCAGUCCUCCAGCAAGCUGGUGCAGAUCUGGAGCCUUCCCAUGCUGGAGCCACUACACCAGGUGACCGUCCACAGUGAUGUCACCGUCUUCAGCAGGAUGCUUACUGUGCCUGGGCUUCCAGUCAGGGGCUGUGGAAGUGGUCAGCUUCCAGAAGGAAGAGAGCAGGGGAAGGACUGGAGGAUGGGCUGGACAGGCUAACCCACACA